AUGUCUGAUAACCGCCGUUUUGACGACCGCCGACGAUUCGAGCGGCGCCCACCAGGCCCUAACUUCAAACAAGAGAUUCCCACAGGUCCCCGUAGCCUGACAGGUAAACGAGACAACCGGGGCUAUCGCGGCCCACCAGGAGGAGGAGGCCCUCCUGGACCCGGAGGAGCAGACCCGCGUUACCAGGGCAACACACCACCGCGCUUCGACCGCCGCUGGGACGACCGCCGGUUCGACAACCGACGCCGUUACGAUGAUGGUCCAGGAGGAGGAUCUAAACGAGACUCGCGGGGAGGCGCCGAGAGAGAUCCACGCGACCGGCCGGAUCCACGUGACCGACCUGAUCUACGAGACCCACGAGACCGGCCCGAUCCUAGAGAUCGAGGAAUCGACCGACCAGAUCCUCGGGACCCACGUGACGCUCACUCGCGCGACCGGUCAGAUUCGCGCGGUGAUCCACGUGAUCUUCCGCCACGAGACCGGCCAGAUUUGCGGAGCGACCCGCGUGACCUCUCACGUGACCGUGUAGAGGAUGGCAGUGUGUCACGUGUACCUCCUGCGGAUGACUUGUUCCCGCAUUUUGUCAAAAACGAGUCGCCGAGCGUGCCGCCCGCAGUUGCAGCUUCUGCAGCGGCCUCAGCUUCCAAUUCGGUGUGUAACUCACCGAGUGACGAGCGAAGGUUUUCACGCGACACCAGGGAUGCACGAGAUUCCUUAUCACGUGAGUCGGUGCGUAAAUCGCCCCUUCCACGUGACCUGCAUCGCUCCGCGUCCCCAGAUGUCGCAAGUCCUGCUAGAAACGGUAGCAGGCCACUGAGGAAGCCGCAUCAAAAAUCUCUCCCAAAGCACGCCUCAUCGCUUAGCCACCAACAUGAUCUCCACACAUACUCCGACACGCAUCCUGAGGAGCCUGAGGAGAUUGCUCGCAAGAAGGGCGUCGAGGUGAAACACGACGACUCCAAGAGGGUCAAGGAGCUCAAGGAAGAGGUCAAGAAGGAGGGUAGGCAACUCAAGGCCGACACGCCGGGUCCCGCAGACAUUGCCAUGCACGAGGAUCCAGUGAUUGAAAACGGCAAGGAGGAAAAGGUGGUGAAGAACGGAACAGACCAUAUUGCUGAAUCGAUGCCGCCAAAAACAACCGAAAACUAUGUACAAAAGGAAAAGAUGGCAUCGACGGAUGGCAAGGUCAAGGAGGAAAAGGUAAGGGAGGGUAAGAUCAAGGAGGAUAAGGAGGUCAAGGAGGACAAACGGCCCAAAACACAAUCAGAUAAGCCUACAGAGGCUAAGAAGCCGAUGGAGAAUCAUGUGGAGUCAAAGGUUGAUGCGAAGGCUGAGACGAAGGUUGCAGAGAACAAAGCUGCAGACACCAAGACUGCGGAGGCGAAUGAAGCUGACAAGCCCUCUGCUGUUGAGAAAUCUGAAGCGGCAGCGGAGGAAGUCAAGGAGAAGGUCAAGGGGCCUAUUAAGGAGCCUGUCAAAGAGUGUGUCAAAGAGGAAGCCAAGACUAAAGAGCAUGCAAAGGAGUCCUCAGCUCAUGGCACUUCUGAUGCUCCUACGAUGGCUGCAGUAUCUACUGUUACACCCACACUGACCACGAGCGCUAAAGACAAUAUUCUAAUAGCUGAUGCUGCUCCGAAGGCUGCUCCCAAGACCACUGUCGAGACCUCCACUCCUACUGUCGCAACUAAUGAACCCUCCACAGCUCCUGCUACGGCAGAGAAACCGCCUAUCACUGAAGCUCCCUCCGCUGCAGUUGACGACGACAUGGGCGACGCUCUUGAAAAAGAGCUUGAGCUCGAAAUGCAAAAGCUGGAGGAGGAGAUGGAGGUCGAAGAAGAAGCAGCCGUUGCUGCCGCUGCCACCUCUGCCUCCGUGUCUCCCACCACAGCUCGGUCUCUUGCUGCCACCUCCAUCGAGACUCUUCCUGUGCGGUCAAUUUCACUGCCCACGGUUCCCCCUGUUUCCCAACAACAGAGCCAGCGUCUUAGUCUUCCUGGUGGCCUUGCUUUACCUGGAGCUACUGGAGCUACUGGAUCCACGGCAGCCACUGCAUCUACCGUCACACCUCCAGUAGAUCCUGCCCCUGUGACAGAGGACGUGGUGAUGAAGGAUGCGGUUCUGGAGAGGGCUGUUGAUGCUGUUGAAGCUAAUGAGGCAGCAGCAGCAGCAGCAGUUGCCCAUGUCGAGUCUGACAAGAUGGACGUGUGCCUUGAGCCAGAGUCGAAGGAAGAGCCUGAAAAGAUGGAUGUCAAAGCACCUGCACCUGCAAAGGUGACUUUUGCCGUUGAAGAGAAACUCGAAUCUCUCGUUGACAAGGAGGAGACUCCUGCUGCUCCAGCAGUGAAGGAGGAACUCCCUGCUGCAGUUGGGGAUGGAGUGUCUCCGCGUACAGCUACGGUCGGCGUACGAGGCCAGGAGACAACCCCCACAGCUGUUGUCACCAAGAAGGCAGAGCCAGUUGCUGCACCAGUUGCUGUCUCACCGGUUGUCAUAACAGCUUCCAUCGACUUCCAGCCUGACGAGUUCCCCAUGACCCGGCUGGAGAACACCUACUUCUCUAACCGUCUUCUUCCCCGCUCCGAGCGUGUUGCUGAGAUGCGGUACCUCCGGUCUAUUCCUCUCAAGUCUACACGUGACUACAAGUGUUACAGGACCAACACGCGCAACUUUGCCGUGAUUCAACCUCUUCUUGCUGCCCGCAUUUCUGACCGCAACAAGGCUAUCUACGCCAAGAAGAAGCAGCUGCAGCAGGAGUACAUUAGCAAGUACCGUCUUUGGAGCAAGCAGCACGUGACGCGGUCGCAGGACGAGGAGCAGGCCGUCUCCAAGGCCAACCAGCAAAUGCCUCGCCCUGAGCAGACUACCGGCGACAAGGGAAUUGCUCUUCCUGGUAGCAGUGUCAAUGGGGCCCCCAAGGAGUCUGAGAGCGGGCUCGAGGAGAAGGGCAGUGAAAAGGGUUCUGCCGAAGAUGUGGCUGCGGGACGACGUGGCAGACACUCUCAUGGAGACACCGUCCGUUCCGAGGCCGAGUUUUUAGAGAUCCUUGCCAACCUCGAACGGGAGCAUGCACGUGACCCGUCAGUGCGUGCAAAGCUCACCUCGGCCACCAUUCCAGACAUGAUUUUGGACGAGGAGCUGCGUCAGAAGGUGUUCUUCGUGGAUACUAACAACUUUGUGGCCGACAAGCAGGCGUUCCAUCGACGCCUAGAUGUGGACGGCAUUGACAAUUUCACUGCUGCCGAACACGAGCUGUUCUGCGAGGCGUAUGCUGCUCAUCCCAAGCAGUUUGGUCGUAUUUCUGCUGCCAUGGGCGGUCUGCGGACUUUCCGAGACUGUGUUUUGCAUUACUACAGAACCAAGACACGGGUGGACUACAAGGCUAUCGUCGCGGGGCGUAACAGACGGUCUGCCAGAAAGGGCAGACGGAAGAAGGACGUUGUGGAUGAGAUGGCGUUCGACGGAGCCAUCAGAACCAGACGAGCGGCAGCUCCUCAGUUUGGAGAGGAGGAGAGGAAGCGGCAGAUGGAGGGCGAGAAGCGGGAAGUCAAGAGAGUCAAGGUGGAGCCUUCAGUUGGGAGUGUGGCGUCAGGCGGGGGUAUUGCUGUAAAUACCCUGCCUGCGACUACAGUUGGAGAGGCUGGAAUUGGUGUGGCUGAUGCUGCAGUUGUAGUUGCUCCAGGAGCAGUUGCCAAUGCAGCUCCUGCUCCUGGUGACUUCAAGACCUCUUCAUAUUGGUCUGUCAACGAAGUCAACCUGCUACCCAUUCUAAUCCGUUCCCAUGGCACCAACUGGGAACAGGUAGCUGCUCACUUCCGUUCCAAGUCCGCCGUGAUGGUGAAGAACUACUUUCACAAGCACGGUGAGGCCAAAGGGUGGCACGGACUGGCUAUUGAGGCUGACGAGAGGGCAAAGAGAGGUGAACCCCUGCCUCCUCCCCCUCCCAUUAAGCAGUCUUUGGAGUUGACCACUCCCUACGCGGGACUGAGAAAGAAACGAGUGAGUCCAGAGCUGCAACUCGAGCGGCAGAGACAAAUGCCCGAGCAGGAGCAGAUACGCCAGCAGACUGUUCAGCCUCAGGAGCAGCAGCAGCAACAGCAACAGCAACAGCAGCAACAGCAGCAACAGCAGCAACAGCAGCAACAGCAGCAACAGCAGCAACAGCAGCAGCAGCAGCAGCUGGAGCGUCAGCAGAAGCACCAACAGGAGCUCCAGCGUCAGCAGGAUAUGCGACAACACCAGACACCUGCCCAGCAUCAGCAGUCUGCCCAGCAGCAGGAGCUCCACAGACAACAGACUAUACAGCAUCAGCAGUCUGCCCAACAGCAGCACCAGCAGCAGCAACAUCAGCAGCAGCAGGAACUUCAGAGACAACAGCAGUCUGUCCAACACCAGCACCAGCAGUCAUCUCAACCGCCUUCUGUGCAGCAGUCUCAACCUCAGCAGGUUCCUCAGCAGGUGCCCCACCAGCCUUCUGCUCCACAGCAGCAGCAGCAGCAGCCCCCAGUCUCUGCUCGGCCUUCUCAACCUGCCCAGUCUCUGCAUUCUCGGUCAAGUUCUCAGUCCUCUACAGGCACUCCUGGUCCAUACAGACCUGUCGCUAUCCAGCCCCAACCCCAGCAUGUUUCUCAGCAGCAGCCGCACGUGUCUCAACCCCAGCACGUGACUCCCGCUAGCGGUUCACCCCAACAGCAGUACAUUGCUACCCACGGACGAGCCGUUUCGUACGACUACGAUCACGUGCGUGACCCUGUGGGCUCCAUGCGGUACUCUCCCCAUGGAAUGCGACCUGCUACCGAGUCAAUGCGACACAUGCACUCUGCUUCGCCGCCGCUUGGCCAAUCUGCGCGACAGUCACCUCAGCCUGGACCUCCUCCCAUGGCCGGGUUCUUUGCUACCAAGCCAAGAUCCUCGUCUUUCAAGCAGGAGCGACCCAAUCUGGAGCGCCAGCAACUGGAGCGCCAGCGACAGCUGCAGGAGCAGGAACAGGUGGAGAGACAGCGACAGUUGCAAGACCAGCAGCUGGAGCGACAGAGACAGCAGCAGGAGCAGGAGCACAGACAGCGACAGCAGGAGCAGGAGAGACAGCGACAGCUGCAGCAACAGCAGCAACAGCAGGAAUUCCAGCGCCAGCAAGAGUUCCAACGCCAAGAGCUGCAGCGUCAACAGGAGCUUAAACGACAGCAGGAGCUACAGCGUCAGCAGGACCUCCAGAGACAAGAUCUUCAACGAAGUACCUACUCACCUUACAUGCCUCCGCUGUCGCACACGCCUCCGCCACAGCAGAGCUCUCCCACUGGGUUUUCUCUGCCGCCCAUCAACGCUCACACACCCCACGGGCCUCGGCAGACACUGCCGCCCUUGCCGAUUCUGCAGCGGCCUUCGAAGACGUCGUCGAUCACGUCGAUUCUCAAUGGCGAUUCAAAGCCGAGUGGAGGACGUCCUGGAGGAAUCACCCUGCCGCCUCUCAAUGCCAUGGCGGGUCCUCCUUCGGGUGCUCCCGGCGCGCCCGGCGCUCCCGGCACUCCCGGAGCUCCUCCAGGCAUGUAUCCUCCACGACAGCAGUCACCCCCAGGACCUUAUCCACCUUAUUGGCAGUAG